UAAAAAUGAUAUAGCCACUAGUCAAAGUGGUUGAGCUCCAAAAAUCCCAUUUCAAAUCUACCAAUUCUCUCCUCCCAAAUUCCUUAAAACCCAAACCAAUUUAUAUUAAGCUCCAAAUCCUAGCCAUCAACACCAAUCCAAAAUAAGAAAAACAAAGGUACAAUUAAAAAUGGCUAGUUUGCAGAUAAUUCUCCCAAUUCUUGUAAGCUUAUCUUGGAUUUAUGGGACGAAUGCGCAGAUCACGACAGCAUGCAGCAGUUCCAUGAUAAGCAGCUUCACGCCGUGCUUGAACUUCGUGACCGGCAGCAGCGGCAGCGGCUCCUCUCCGACACGAGAUUGCUGCGAUGCGUUGAAAUCACUGAUCGUCAACAACAUGGACUGCGCCUGCCUAAUCAUAACCGGAAAUGUGCCGGUUUCCAUCCCUUUUAUCAACGCCAACUUGGGAAGCGCUCUGCCCCGAGCUUGCAAAUCCUCCGUCCCUAUGCAGUGCAAAUCCUCUGGUGUUCCCUUACCAGCUCCAGGUCCUGUAUUAUUUACGCCUCCUGCACCACCUGCUGCUGCACCUGUUCAUGAUGUCCCUGCUGCUACUCCGCUUCAUGCUCAUGCUCCCAAAGGUUCUAAAGCCGCGACCGCGGCUGCUCCGCCUCCAGCCGGAAGCUUGGAUAUCGCACCGGCGCCGUCGUCUACUCCUAAAUUUCCGUUAGGUCCAGGUGCAAAUCCGGGGAUUAGACCAGUGGUGAACCCCAGCUCAGCAGCCUCGAAUCUAUUCGCCGUUUCAUUGCCAUAUCUUGUUUUAAUGUUUGCAGGCAUUAUUGCUUUUAAAUUCUUCUAAGCAAUCAAAUAUUUGAGAUGUAACGUUGUUGUUGUUCUUCAUAUUAACGGAGGAAUGUAUUGUAAGCUUCAUCGACCAAUCAAAUUUAAAUUUUUCUUGAAUUGAGU